AGAUCUGAACCUAAAAGUGAAAAAUAUCUCAGCAACCAGGACAAGAUUACUGGAAGUCUAGAAAAUACGUAUUGUAAUCAUAAAAAUGCACUGAAGACGGAGGAUGUAUAUCUUAAUGUAGAACGUGUACACGAUUCAGAUCAUGCAAAACCUUCCGUGUCUAGUAAAAAAGAAAGUAAAACAAGUGUUACUGAAGUAAAAGACGAAUAUCCAGAAGAGUAUGAUGAUGAAGAAGAAGAAAGAAACGUGUAUAAUAAUGUAGCUUCUGAACAAAAAAUUACUAAAUACAAAGUACUUAUAGCAGACCUUAAAAAAGUUAUCAACGAGAAAAGAAAGAACGAUGGUUUCAAGAAUGAAUAUGAAAUCUUACCUAAAGGGCUUGUUCACGCUCAUACUGAAGGUUCAAAAGAAGAAAACAAAGCUAAAAAUCGAUUCCUGUCAACAUGGCCAUAUGACCAUUCGAGGGUUGUGUUGACAGGAGAUACAAAGCAUGACUACAUAAACGCUAGCUACAUUGAUAGUUAUGACAAAGAAAAGGCAUACAUAGCCUCACAAGGUCCGAAAAAGAAUACUCUCAGGGAUUUCUGGCAAAUGGUCUGGCAGGAAAAGGUUUGCAAAAUAGUGAUGGUCACGAAACUGGAAGAGGAAAGAAGGAAAAAAUGUGAACAGUACUGGCCUAAAACUGUCAAUAAAGCAACAAUGGUAGACAACUAUAGACUAACAAUGACAGAGGAGAUAUACCAUACUAUUUAUGUGUACAGAUUGAUUAUACUACAUAACAAAACGAAUCAGCAAGAACGAAAAGUUCAUCAUUUUCAUUUCACACAAUGGCCGGAUCAUGGUGUUCCAGAUAGCAUCAAACUGGUGAAUUUUUACAGGAAAGUGAAAAGCAAAAAAUGUGAUAAGAAUGGUCCAAUGGUGGUGCACUGCAGUGCUGGCGUUGGAAGGACAGGUACAUUCAUUGCUAUCGAUGCACUUUAUGAGCAUGGCAAGAAAGUUGUCUACGUUGAUAUUAUGGAGUAUGUUCAGAUGAUGAGGAAAGACAGAAUGAAUAUGAUUCAAACACAUGGACAAUAUUCGAUCGUGUUUGAAGCACUGCUGGAACUAUUCACGGUUCCAAAUACGUCCAUUCAAAAGAAUGAUUUCUGCGAAUAUAUACAAAAGCAAGAAAACAAGACUUUACCAACAAAUCAAACAAUAUACAGAGAAGAGUUUCAGAGAUUGCGAACGUUGCGGCCAUCAUAUUCUUCUAAUGAGUUUACUGCUGCAAAUUGUAAAGAAAACAAAUCAAAGAAUUCUUCAACAACUGUUCUUGCACAUGACAAAUAUAGACCUUACUUAAUGUCUUAUGGUAAAACCAGAAGUGACUAUAUUAAUGCCGUUAUAAUUCCAGGCUAUUCAGUUGAUAGUAAGAUGUUUGUAACACAGUGCCCACUUGUUGAAACUGUAAUUGAUUUUUGGACAAUGAUGUAUGAUCACAGUUCCAAAAUUAUUGUUUUGUUGGAUCCCGGAAAUAAGGGUGCUCCAUUGUGGUUAGAGAAGAAAGAAAUGCUACAGUUUGAUGAUUUCCGAAUUGUCAAAGAAACGGAAAAUGCACAAAGAGAGUUUCCGCUUACUUUGAACCAUACGAAAAAUAAAGAACAAAUCUCAAUUAAAGUAUUCACUGCUGAGGAUUGGACUAUCACUAAUGCAACACCAUCACCAGAGUAUAUGUUAGAUCUUCUGCAUCGUGUACAAAAUUGCUGGGAAACACAGAAAGGCCCAAUCACUGUAGUUUGUAGUGAUGGCUGUAGUAAGAGUGGGUUAUUUGUAGCAUUGCGAUUAGUUUUGGAAAAAAUGCAGAUAGAUGAGGAAAUAGAUAUUUUUCAAGUAGUAAGAGAAAUUCAAACAAGGCGACCAGAAUUCCUUGAUGAAUUUGAUCAAUAUGAAUACUGUUAUCAGUGUAUUAGAGUCCAACUCGGAGGUGAUUCUCGAGAUUCACUGUAUGCGAAUAUCUAGUAAAGUUAAAACAUUCUGUUAUGUUCUAUGUAUUUAUUUGUCAUUUGUAAUAUAUGUAUUAUACUUUUGGUUCUGAGGUAGUGCUUCCACAUUUUGCUUUAAACGACAACAUACAAAUCGCAAACAUGUAUUGAAAAACGGAAAAAUGAUAUAACCGUAUGUUUUUUUUAAAUUCUAACGGAAUUUUAUUUUACAAGUGCCAAAUAUACGUACUUCAAUCAGUUAAAAUAAGUAAAUCAUACAAAAAAGGGAUCAAGACGCCGAGUAUCUGUUGUCCUAAUUACAACUCUUUUAAGCAUCCCCAUGUGCAGUGGUUUUGUAAUUGUUAAGUAGAGAAAAAUAAUUCUAAAGAAAUCUUUCUUAAAUCUUAUAAAUUAUAAUUAUCCAUAAUAUUUGAACAUUACUUAACUACUGCCUGUUUCAAUGAACAAAUUUAACACAAAAGAUGUAAAAUAGUCGGAAGAGAUAAUAUAAGUCACGACUUUGCUUGAAUCAUUUUGCUUUCUUGGUGCAAUUGUUAGACAUUUUUUCUUGGUAAAUAAUUAUCUCACCAUUGUUUUGAUGUUACAUAAAUAUAUAUUACCUUGAUCUAGAACAAACACUUGAUUUUCGAGCCGGGGAUUUAAUCGUUAUGUUUCAUGUCAAACUGUACCGUUAUAUUAAUGUACCACAUGUGCACAAAACAAAAGAGUAGAGUAUAUGUAUCGUAUAUAUUGAGCAGGCUACAAAGGACAAUGCUACGGUCAUAUGAUCUUUAUAUGGUUAAAACAUCAAUCGUUAAACCAUGUAGUACUUUUAAGUUAUCCUAUUGAUAUUUGUUUUUCUUUAUGUUCAUGCCAUUUUGUUUUUUGUAUUACUUCAUAAAUAAGCUAAUAAAAUAUGUUUAUACUGUU